GCACCGGCACAGGCAGCUGUGCUUUGACCCAAAACAGGUAAUAAAAUCAUAAACUUUCAAAUUAAAACAAAUAAAUAAAUAAAUAAAAAAGAAACAGAGAGAGAGAGAGAGAGAGAGAGGGAGGAAGCCACAAGCCUAACCCAGAUGAUAAUGUAAAGAGAGCAUCCUCCUCCUGCAACCCCAGCUGUGUUUUUAAUCUCGUUUCAUUCGCUUAUUACCCAGCAGAUCAAAAAAUGGUUCUAUCGAUAUCAUUUUGAUGCGGGUAUAUAUGCGAAUAAAGGGAGAUUAUUUGUUGAAGAAACCAUAAAAAAUCAAAACUAAAAUUAAAAGAAAAAAACAAGAAAUGAGCAGGAAAAAGAACCAAGUCUGGGAUGCUCCCUCCGACGACACAGCCGCGGCGGCCCCUCCUCCCCCUGAAAGAGAAAGGCUAUACCUUGUGUGGCAGGGUAACAAUAAAUUUUUGUGCGGUGGAAGAAUUGUGUUUGGUCAUGACGCUGCAUCGCUGUUUCUAACAAGCUUUUUGAUUGGAUGCCCUGCACUAGCAUUCUGCAUAAGAAUGCUUGUAAUGAUGAGACGACAAGAUGGACAUUAUGACUAUCCCGUACUAAUUGGGGGAAUAAUCCUCACUGUUUUGGAUUUCAUUUUUCUAUACUUGACAUCCGGUAGAGAUCCUGGUAUAAUUCCGCGGAACGCACGACCACCAGAAUCAAGCGAGGCAUAUGACGGUCCUACCCCUUCAAUGGAGUGGGUCAGUAGCAAAUCCUCCAGUUUGAGAAUACCCCGAAUAAAGGAUGUAACGGUCAAUGGCCAUACAGUGAAGGUCAAAUUUUGUGACACUUGUUUGCUGUAUCGUCCACCACGUGCCUCUCAUUGUUCCAUCUGCAACAACUGUGUUCAGAAAUUUGAUCACCAUUGUCCAUGGGUGGGCCAGUGUAUUGGAUUACGUAACUAUCCGUUUUUCAUUUGUUUUAUUUCGUCCUCAACGUUGCUGUGCAUAUAUGUGUUUGUGUUUUCGUGGAUCAACCUUGUUCGACAAGGAGGCAAUCUAUGGAGGGCCAUGGCGCGUGACAUCGUAUCAGUUAUUCUAAUAGUGUACUGCUUUGUAGCAGUCUGGUUUGUUGGUGGCCUUACAGUUUUCCAUAUCUAUCUGAUUUGCACAAACCAGACAACAUAUGAGAAUUUCCGAUACCGCUACGAUAAGAACGAAAACCCCUACGCAAAGGGACUACCGGGAAACCUGAAAGAAGUGUUCUGCUCAAGGAUUCCUCCCUCGAUGGUUAACUUCAGAGAAUGGGUUUCGGUUAAGGACAUCAACGACGUCGACUUAGGAAUGGCAUCCAUCGCUUCAGAGAGCAAUAGAGGCUUCAUCGCCUCCAAAGAGAAAUUUGACAUAGAAAAGGGAAAUAAGUUUGGAAAGGAUCCUGGCGGCAAUAUCAUUGUUCCAAGUAUUCUGCAGAAAUUGGACUACAGUGGCAUUGAUGAUGGUAACAUGAAGAAGAAAAGGAACAAUAAUAAUUUGAGUGGCGGUGGCUUUAAUGAUAAUAAUCUAAAGAAAGAGACGGCAGCAGAAGACGGUGAUGUUGGACCUGCUGCUGCUGGAUUCAAACCUUUUUUGUUUCCUGAUAACAAUACCGGUCAAGAAGAAAAAACAAAUUUAGAUGAUCAUCGGGGGAUGAAGAGUAGUUCCGACCUAGGAUCAGUUAAUUCACCUACUAAUGGUAAUGAAAAGAGGACUACUCAUCAGUAGUAGUUCCAAUGCAAUUGGACUCCAUCCAUCCAUCAAUCACUAGCAUGCUUGU